GCUACACCAUUCCCCCACUUGGUACAACGCCCCUGAAUCUUCGUCGUUUGUCGUAGUUUUCAAUCUGGACAAAAAUAAAACACUAUCACAAUAUCAAACCAGAUUUCAGCGUUUUAGAAAAGCACAGUAUUACUAAGGCACACCGCUAGCUACAGAAUGUACAGAGUUAUCUCCUGAAAACCCAUGUUUAACUAUGUGAGACCAUUCAUACGCGAGACAUGCUACAGUCUUGACGGAACGAACCAAUCAGGUCACAUGUAACUGAGCACGCUAUUUCACAGAGAGCGUGCGCUCCAGGAAGUGAAAGAAGGGGGAGAAGACUGGUCUGAAAGAACAAUGGGAGUCGAAGUGGAAACCCUGGUACCCGGAGACGGUAAAGAUUAUAAUUUCCAACUUCUUCACACGUCUGAGCGAGUCCCUAUUCAAGAAUAAUUUGUUUUAAUCGAGAUUCUUCCUCAAAUGUCUCCUUUUAGGGCGGACUUUCCCGCAGAGGGGGCAGACGGUCACCGUUCACUACGUUGGUAAGAUCUCUGCCCGAUUAAAUGUUUGAUUAUUUAUUUCUGUGUGUUCUAAAUGUUAAAUAUCACCUGCUCAAAGUGCGGCCAGGUCGGGUUUGAAAUAGGUCUUCCAUAAAUGGCGGAGUCUCACAUGUAAAAUAUGGCGUAUCCGGCUCCUUGCGGGCAAAGGCUGAAUGAGGGUCGUCCCUCCGCGCCUGAGUCGGACUGGAAAACGGGAGUAUUACAGUCUGAGCACAAAGGGAGCAGCCGGUUAACCGAUCACUGGCGCGGGUGUUCUUCGAUUAACCUAGCCGAAGGGGGUAUCCUUCACCUCUGUUACAAGAAUUUCAACCAGCAUCCUGUAAUAUCACGAUUUUAGUACAAUUAAACGAUUUUUUUUUACCAACGUUAGUAACGACCGCACGAUAGCAAUACACAGCGGUCUGAGGAGCCAUAAACAAACCUCAACCAAAACGCCACUCUAUAGCCGCAAAUAAUGUUCAGAACAGCACCUAACUUCAUCAGCGUACAAAUAGGGUCAGAGCCACAGCACUUGCUACUAAAUAAGAGACUAAAUAUAACUCACCUACUCUCCUCCAGCAGCUGCUUGUUUGUAAGCGAGACCUCAGGUGAGUCCAUUGACUACAGCGGGGGGACGCAGCUCAAGGAAGAACAUUUUUGAUCAUUACUUUACCAUAUCAAAUACCAUAUUAAUCAUUUUGCACUGCAGACGUGGUAGUUCUUCUGCCUUAAGGUCCUUACACACCGCAAUUAUUUUGGACGCUAAUAUUUUUUUCGAACCCGUAUCCUGUCUAUACAAGUGUUCACAUCAGCUAUGUUUUCCCGUUCUGCGAUAUUGCGGCAUUUAUUUUUUUGGAUCAUGGUUGAUUUUUCUAAAGUUUUGCAUUCUGUGUGUCCACUUCUGACCAAUCAGAUUGCGUGUUGUUGCGACUUCAGAUUCACCGGUAUAUCCAACAUAUCCGACCAGCUGAAUGUUUACGUGUCAGAAAUAGAGUGCAUUUUGAUAAAAGACACAAACAUUACAAAGAUAACGACCUGAAGGACAAUUUGUGGAGAGUCAUAGCGUCGGAUUUUUCUUAUAUGAUGAUGGUUUGUGUGCUUUAACAGUUUGCUAAAUGUCUUUGUUUUAACUUAGUUUUUAACUUUGUUUUAACAGCCUAGGUGAGUUGUGUUUAGUCUCUUUGCUAAAGAAAUUAAGCAAAGUUAAAAGGAGUGUGAUGGCUAGUACUAUGGCCUGGACCCUAUAUGAACUGUUGAUGAAGUUAGGUGCUGUUCUGAGCAUUAUUUGUGGCUAUAGAGUGGUGUUUUGGUUGAGAUUUGUGUGUGGUGCCAUAGACCGCUGUGUAUUGCUAUCGUGCAGUCGUGACUAAAGUUGGUAUAACUAGAGAAUCAAGCGGUCUGCAACAUUCAUCUCUUAAGGCAGUGUCAAACUCAGUGUUAGGUGUGUUUGACCCUAAAUUAAUUUUACGCCGGAAUAUCCCUUUUAAGUCCUCUUGGAAUAACCACCAGCCUCAUCUGAGUGUGCUAUUUAAAUUUCCACGCAAAAGUUGGUUUGACGACCUCAGAGCUCUACCCGUCUCCCGAACGGUUAUAAGCUCAGUUAAAUAGAUGGAAAUGAAGCCGUUCAGAGUUUUAAAAACAAACAUUAAAAGUUUAAAAUCAAUCCUAUAAGAGACAGGAAGCCAAUGAAGGGAGCUAAGGACAGGAGUGAUGUGCUCGCAUCUGUUAGUUUUAGUUAAAAGACAUGCAGCAGCAUUUUGCACAAGUUGAAGGCGACUUAGAGAUGAUUGGGAGAUGUCAACGUAAAGUGCAUUACAACAGUCUAAUCUUGAACUGAUGGGUUGGUGCCUAACUUUUUUUUGUUUUUGAUAUCUUCAACAGGAACGCUAACAAAUGGAAAAAAGUUUGACUCCUCCAGGGACCGAACAGAGCCCUUCCAGUUCAAAAUUGGAUGUGGAGAAGUCAUCAAGGGUUGGGAUGAAGGUGUAGCCAGGGUAUGGAAAACAACCUGUCAAAGAUGACUGUGAUUUUGGCACUUAAAGAGUUUGGCAGCAGGGUCCCUUUUUAGGCUGGGUUGAAUGAAUCCUGUUUCAUAUGUUCUCCUCCCUCAAAUGUAUCCCUACUUAAGUAUUAUUAAAUGUUCAUAUUUUGUGGGCUUGAUAUGGCAGACAGUCAAUGAUAGAAUAUUAAAUACCUGCACUGCCUGUAAUCUUUUAUUUGCCUUGAAGGCUUGGCUCGUGUGAUACUCUUACAGUCAGGAAUCCUAAACAUUAAUGAUAAUAUUACAGGCAAAUCUUUCUUGAACAUAACUCUUGAUGCUUGACUUAACUUUUCACCCUUUAACAGUUGCUCAAUAAUGAAACUAUACCUAUGGGGCUUGUUCCUCAUUUCCUCCACAGAUGAGUGUUGGUGAGAAGGCCAGGUUGACCUGCUCGCCAGACUACGCCUACGGCAGCAGAGGAUUUCCACCCAUCAUCCCUGGAAAUUCCACUCUCAUUUUUGAAGUGGAGCUUCUGAGUGUUUAAGUUGAUGAUUUGCUCAUCUGAGUUUCUCAUUCUACCCACAUCUCUUACACAAAUAAGCGUUUACCUGAAAGGUGAUUUUCAGUCGCAUUUUUAACGUGAAUAAAUAAUUGUAGGAAGAAACAAGGACAAAACCCCCAAAUCUGUUGCUUUUUAAUGUCUGGCAUAAAAAAUGUAAGAACCACCAAUUCUUGACCAAUGACACAUAAUCGGCAAACACCCUAUUUGUUAGUACAGGUCUAUAAGUUUUUGAAAGCAGUUUGAUGACAGUUAUUGAUGUCAAAAAUGUCUGGAAACACCUUUUAAUAAAGCCUCUCGUUGAUCCUUUAGUAAAUCCAUCGAUUGUGAGCUUGAAAUUUCGACACACUGUAAACAAACAACUCAUGUAAAUGAAUGGUUUGUGAUUUCCUGUUUCAUCACUGCUUGCAUGGCCAUUUUUGGAGGAAUAUAGUUUAAAAUCCCGUCCCUCUCACUUUUACCCUCUUUUGUCAUAGUUAAAGGCCUGAAGUGUCCUUGUGUUAUGGCAUCAUGCUUGGUAUUUGUUUGAUAAUGUUAAGUUCCUUCAUCUUGUUAUUAUCCUUUAGGAAUUGUAUUAUCAGUGGGUAUUGCACUCUUGAAUUAAAAUGAAAGGAUGCAACACUUGUGCUGUAUUUGUUGAUUUUUUUUUUUCAGUCUUUAAAAAAUGCAAGCCUGCAGGGCUUCACCAUGCCACUCCUUUUGAACACUAAUAUUUCAUCAUACUGUCAUGUAAAGUAAAAUUUCUCUUUGGGUGAAGUUGUGUACAAGCAAA